CUUGUGCGACGCAGAGUUGAAUUCUACUACACAUUACAACAACAAUUAGAAACCAAUCCACUAAAGACACUAGUCGGCAUCGCCGAUUAGAUUAAAAUCCAGUGUCAACUCAUUUCCAGAAGAUGGAUAUUCCAGAAAAACCGGACAAGAAGAUCAGCGAACUCUACAAAGAGGGAUUUCUCGGCCUCGAGAAAGUGAACAACAGCAGUGAAGCGACCAACAGUGGCAGUGUCCAGAGCCAAGUGAGGCAGGCGCAGAAGGCCCUGGAGGACUGCACGCGGUUGGUCUCGACCGUGGACAUGUUCAGUCCGAACGAGAGCAUCGAGGAGGUGUCCAGCCUGAACCUGCGAUACCUGCUGCUUCCCGCCCUGCUCGGCAAACUGACCCUGAAGUUGGCGACCGACGCCAGCGGCCGCUUCGAGGUGGUCAAGCUGGCCGACGCUUAUUUCAAAGACUUCCUGCGACGGUGUCGCGACUAUGGUGCCGUCGACCACGAGACCGUUGCCAUCUACCUGGAAGAGCAGGACGAGCAAAACGCCGGCAACGGCACUGUUGUGCCCAUCGUGAGGGACAGGAAUCCAGACCUCACCGCCAUGGUGCAGAAAAGGAACGACAAAAUCAGGAGGUUCCAAGAGGAGAAGGAGAGAGAGAGAAGGCUAAAAGAGUUGCAGGAGCUGGUGGAGAGGGAUGAUGCUGACGACGAGAGGGUCAGGGAGUACCACAUGACUCUGCUGAAGAGUAAUAUCGCCCAGGCGCUGGACGAACUUGCUUCCUUGCAGCAGGAGAAGAAUAUUCUGCAGCACAUGGAGCGCUUGAAAAAGGAGUCGGCUGGUUACGACGAGGUGCCCCAAGGACAACGGCCGCCGAGCAGACGCCCGCCUCCGCAGAGACAAGGACUGAAACCCGUGAUCAUCACGAAAGACCAGGCAAUGAAACAGGUUUUCGGAGCUGGCUAUCCGAGCCUGCCAGUCAUGACGGUCGACGAGUUCUACGAGCAGCGCGUCAGUCAGGGAAAGUUUCCUGGAGGUCAGGCGGCUGGAGGCUGCGGCUCCGGCGGCUGCUCCCACAGCCACGGCCAUGGCCAGGAGCAGGAUCAGGCAGCUGGAGCAGAAGUCGAUCAGGUGGUCCGGGAGUAUCAGCAGGAAAGAGAUGACCCUGAGCUUCUGGCCAGAGACAGGGCCAUGGACGAGUUUAAGGACGAUCACCGGAGAGGCGAGGGCAACAGACACAACAGGAGUUGAGCUUUUAUCUCGUUGGUUGUUGUUGUGUACAGGAUGAUUUAUUUUUAAUUAAUGGCUAUUAAUCUGAUCCCUCUCCGUCUAAAAAUAAGUAUUUUAAGGCUCAUUAAAAUAGAUAAGAAAAUGUACAAAAAUCAAUCAACCUCUGCAGUUUGUAGGAUUGUUGUAUUUCUUUGAUGCGAAUAAAAAUAAAUACCUUCAGGCUUUUCUGACUAAA